CUGUACUAUGUCUGCAGUAUCUGGUCAUCCCCUGUACUGUGUCCUCAGUCUCUGGUCAUCUCCUGUACUAUAUCCGCAGUCUCUGGUCAUCCCCUGUACUAUGUCCGCAGUCUCUGGUCAUCCCCUGUACUAUGACUGCAGUCUCUGGUCAUCCCCUGUACUGUGUCCGCAGUCUCUGGUCAUCUCCUGUACUGUGUCCUCAGUCUCUGGUCAUCUCCUGUACUGUGCGUCUUAU